AUGGCCCCAAUAUGGCCGGUAUUUUCGAAGUCUAAAACUAAUCACAAGGUUUUAUCGUCGGAGUCGAUUUAUGAAACUGUGAAUGGUUCCCAUGAGUAUAAGAUAAAAGGAUUUUCUCUAGCAAAGGGAAUUGGAGUUGGUAAAUCCAUGAGUAGUCGCACAUUUACAGUUUGUGGUCAUGAUUGGGUUAUAAUUUUUUAUCCAGACGGCGAUAAACAAGAUAGCCGGGAGUACGUAUCCGUAUACCUUAAGAUCGUAAGCCCUGGAAAUGUUAGGGCAACCUUUGAGUUUAAAUUGCUCGACCAAAGCCAGAAAGGGAAACACGGUGUUCAUAAAAUUUAUACUGUGAAAUCACCAUUAACGUUCACACAAGGAGUUGCUGGUUCCUGCUGUUUAUAA